GGGUGGAGAGGUCAGAGGGCGCUGCGUGAGCAGCUGAGGCCGUCAGUCCACCCGCCCGCCCGCCCGCCUGGGGAACUAGUUACAGUCUGUCCGCCUGGGGAUCUGGUCACCGCCGCCGCCGCCGCCCGCUCAGGGUCGCCUGUCCGCCCGCCCGGGUAUGUUUCUCGGAGGCCAAAAAUAAGCACCACAAGAAAAUUACAUGACUUCCUGAUGCUAGUCAACUCUGUGAAGAUUAGAUUCAAACAUAGUCAGCAAUGUCUCGUGACGGAAAGGACGGUAGUUUCUUGACUGGUGAUCCAUCUCAAGAUGCAGAGCAGCUUUCCCAUGUAAUAACUUCCAACAUUCAGAAAAUCGGAUGGCAUUCUGCAGAAAUCCAAAGGAUUUUAAACCAACUUGGAAAACCUCAGGAUAAUGUAGAACUUCGGAAACAACUUCAGCAGAAGCAACAAUUAGUCAAUCAUCUGGCUAAGGAAACAGAGAAGCACAUAAAGGAAUUCGGAUCAUUAGCAGCUGUAAUUGAACAGCGUCAAAGAAAGCUACAGAAAGAUCGUUUAGUUGCUGAAUUCACUGCAGCAUUGACUAAUUUCCAAAGAAUUCAAAGAGAGGUUGCUGAAAAGGAAAAAGAAUUUGUAGCAAGAGUACGUGCUGGUUCGCAUCUGUCUACGGGUGCGCCUGACAGUCAAAGAGGCGAGAUUCUGCUGUCUCUUGAAACUCCGAAUCAGUUUCAAGAUCAAGUAGAAGAUGGGAUUACAGAAGAAGACCUGGAGCUCAUUAAAGAUAGGGAGAAUGCUAUUCAGCAACUGGAGUCUGAUAUCCUGGAUAUUAAUGAAAUAUUCAAAGACUUGGGAAUGAUGAUUCAUGAACAAGGAGACCUAGUCGACAGCAUUGAAGCCAAUGUGGAAACUGCUGAAGUACAUGUUCAUGAAGCAAACCAGCAACUCAGUAGGGCAGCUGAAUAUCAACGCAAAUCCCGUAAGAAAAUCUGCAUCUUAAUUAUCGUGUUGCUCAUCCUUGCUGUGGUGGUGGGACUCAUUAUCUGGGCAACAGUGAAGAAAUGAAGUCAGAAGAUUAAGCAAAGUCAUUGCACUCGAAUGCUGGUUAGCAUUAAACAUCAACAUUUAUUAUUUACUGAAGACAAAUACUUUAUUCAAAUACAUUUAGGAAUUAAAUAUGCAAUAUGUGCUUUCUAACAAUGUAAUCGAAAUUGUUUUGUAAUUCAAACUGCCAUGCUUCACUAAUUCAGAUGCCACUGUUUAAAUGCUCAGGUCAAAACAUAAUUUGGAUAUUUUUUUUGUUCUGCCAGGUUGCCAUAACUUAAUUGCUAAGAUCUGCAGACUAUUGUAGAUUUAUUUUAGUUUGACCUGAGUAAUGGGCAAAAGUCAUUCCAUUAGGCAUAAGAAGAUGGACCAAUGCCAAAAUGGACACUUCAGUUUUCCAUUAAAAUGAUGCCACUAAUCUCUUAUGUUUUGCUCAUCGACAGCUUUGAUUUCAUGGUUGUCCAAACAAAUCAUUAAAUGAAGUAAUAAUGCACUUAGUCUUUAUCAACUGUGUAUCUACAGUCGUCUACUGAAAGUUAACUCGCAAUUACCUUGUGUUUGCAAUAUUUGCACUGAAUACAACCAGUCUGACUGUACCAUAUGCACCCCUUUGUAUUGUGUGUUAACUUAAUGAACAAUACAGAAUAUACUAUAUUUGUAUUCCAAGGGAUGUAUUAAACAUUUUAAUACACUCAAAAUGACACAACUUCUGUGCUUCUACAUAGUUUUGCAAUUUUGGAUUUAAAAUUAGACUGAAUGGUAUAAAAAUCCAAAUGCUACUUAAAUAAACUUUGUCAAUAUAA